UUUCCUUUCAAUUUGGGCUCUGGUGUUUAAUUUCGUUAGCCUUCUUCCUCCGCUCGUGUCGUCGUCUCCACCACUUCCUAGCCACGUCUCUGUCUUCCUCUCCCUCUCGUUCUCCAUCUCGUUACCUCUCUGCUGCCAACCCGACCCAAGGUUGUUCGUCGCCAGCAUGGGUCUGGCGAAGGAUGGCGCCGAGAUGGAGGAGGGCACAUUGGAGAUUGGCAUAGAGUAUAGGACUGUCUCCGGUGUGGCAGGGCCAUUGGUUAUUUUGGACAAAGUAAAGGGCCCAAAGUAUCAGGAGAUUGUGAACAUCCGAUUGGGAGAUGGCACCACUCGUCGUGGUCAAGUCCUCGAAGUUGAUGGUGAAAAAGCUGUUGUGCAGGUAUUUGAAGGUACUUCAGGGAUAGACAACAAGUAUACUACUGUGCAGUUCACAGGCGAGGUUUUGAAAACUCCUGUCUCACUUGAUAUGCUUGGACGCAUUUUUAAUGGUUCUGGAAAACCUAUUGAUAAUGGCCCCCCUAUAUUGCCCGAGGCUUACUUGGAUAUUUCUGGAAGUUCUAUCAACCCAAGUGAGAGAACCUAUCCAGAAGAGAUGAUUCAAACAGGAAUAUCCACCAUUGAUGUCAUGAACUCGAUUGCUCGAGGGCAAAAAAUUCCUCUUUUCUCUGCUGCUGGACUUCCUCAUAAUGAAAUUGCUGCUCAAAUUUGUCGUCAAGCUGGCCUCGUUAAAAGGUUGGAGCAAAGCAAGCAUGCAGCAGAGGGAGGUGAAGAAGACAAUUUCGCAAUUGUGUUUGCUGCUAUGGGAGUAAACAUGGAAACGGCACAAUUUUUCAAGCGUGACUUCGAAGAAAAUGGUUCGAUGGAGCGGGUCACACUUUUCCUGAAUUUGGCAAAUGACCCCACUAUUGAGCGUAUUAUCACUCCUCGAAUUGCCCUAACGACUGCUGAAUAUUUGGCAUAUGAAUGUGGGAAGCAUGUUCUUGUGAUUCUGACAGAUAUGAGCUCAUAUGCCGAUGCACUUCGUGAGGUCUCAGCAGCACGAGAAGAGGUACCUGGUAGGCGUGGUUAUCCUGGGUAUAUGUAUACUGAUCUGGCCACCAUAUAUGAGCGAGCUGGGCGUAUCGAGGGAAGAAAAGGAUCAAUUACUCAAAUUCCUAUUCUUACAAUGCCUAAUGAUGAUAUCACUCAUCCAACUCCUGAUCUUACGGGAUACAUUACCGAAGGGCAGAUAUAUAUUGACAGACAGCUUCAUAAUAGACAGAUAUACCCACCCAUCAACGUCCUGCCAUCUCUUUCUCGUCUGAUGAAGAGUGCUAUUGGUGAAGGUAUGACACGCCGGGAUCAUUCAGAUGUGUCCAAUCAGCUGUAUGCCAACUACGCCAUUGGGAAGGAUGUUCAAGCCAUGAAAGCAGUUGUCGGAGAGGAGGCUCUUUCAUCUGAGGACCUGCUCUAUUUAGAAUUCCUCGACAAGUUUGAGAGGAAAUUUGUAGCGCAAGGAGCAUAUGAUACUCGGAACAUUUUUCAGUCACUUGAUCUGGCAUGGACAUUGCUACGCAUAUUCCCCCGUGAACUUCUCCACCGUAUUCCUGCGAAGACCUUGGAUCAGUUCUACAGCAGAGAUGCCACCCAUUGAUCCAUUUUGUUCAUAAAAAUUCAUUUUUUUCAUGAUGAACAGCUUGAAUAAGAGAAGAAUCCAAACUUGUAUCAUUUUGCUACGUUAUAUAGUCAGAUCCUAUUCUUUCCAGUCUGUAUGCACAAGUUGUACCCCGCAUGUCUUGUGCACUGGCAGCUUUGUAAUUCCAUGUAGCCUCCGUUCACAAGCUAGACCUCUUUCUGGUUUCAUUUCCCUGUAUUGUGCAGCAAAACUGAAAAGCCGUAGGCGCGUACAUGCCCGAAGAUGUUGGUUAUACAUUUUUGGACUUCUGGAAAAUGUAAACAAUAUUGAUUUGUUCUUUGUUAAGGAUUCUAAGUAAAUUGA